UGUGUGCGUUGACGGGGAGGCAGUGAAAGGCGGCGAAGCAGCGCGAGCCAGUGCGUCCGCGGCCGUCAACCACACCUUGUCGGGUUCAGAGAGAGGAGAACGCGCGCGCGCACUCUCACAAACACCCUCGACACGCACCCCCGUCGCCGUAGUUCGACCGGUCGUUUCGCUUUCGACGCGGUCUGCCUGUUGCGGGACGGCUGACUCGCCGAGGGAACAAGGAUUCCAAGUGCAAGACGGAUAAUUGACAAGGGAUUGAAGAAGAUGGACAUAAAAGGACGAGUUGCCUUGGUGACGGGUGCCGCUUCCGGUAUUGGUAAAUCAUGUGCCAUAGAAUUAUUGAAUGAAGGCGCGAUGGUUUCUAUAUGCGAUAUAAAUGCAGAAGAUGGUGAAAAAUUAGCGGAAACAUUGUCUACGGAGUACGGAAAAGAUCGUGUAAUCUUUUGUCAAUGCGAUGUCACAGAUUACGCGCAAUUCGAGGAAUCGUUUCAAACGACGUUCGAAACAUUUGGCCACAUCGAUAUCGUUGUUAAUAACGCUGGCAUCAUGAACGAUCGGUUUUGGGAAUUAGAAGUCGACAUUAACGUUAAUGGCGUGAUUCGUGGAACUAUGCUCGCUCAGCGAUUUAUGGGGACGGAUAGGGGUGGCCAGGGUGGAAUAGUAGUUAAUAUUGGAAGCAGCAUCAGCAUCAACCCUUAUACCAGUGUUCCAAUUUAUUCUGCCACCAAGGCGGCAAUCGUCCACUUCACCAGAGCGUUUGGGCACCAAUAUCACGUGGAUUUAACCGGUGUAAAGGUGAUGGCAUUGUGCCCAAGUGCGACAGAUAGCAAAAUAUUAGGAGAUGUCAGUAAACAGUUGCUCUCACCUCGGUAUGUAGACGCCUGGCUUCGAGACACAGCUAGUUCUGUUCCUCAAAGAGCGGAACACGUAGCCAAGGCGUUGAUCCAGAUCCUGAAUACGGACAAAAGUGGAAGCGUUUGGUUGGUUGAAAAAAGCCAACCACCUCACGAAAUCACAUUCCCAAAGAUCUAAAAACCUUAACUGCCAUCAUUCGCGUGGAUCCUCUUCUCGCUUCGAUACGAAUAACCGUACUAUAAUCACGACGCCGUAAGAGAGAUAAUUAAUAUAAAAAUCUGAAAGAUCACGCUCUCUCUCCUUCUCGAUCUUCUUAAUCGAAUUUCGAAAAAUUCCAAUCGUUCCGAAAUCUUAUCUUGAAAUUGCAUCGAACAUCGCCCUUGAAAAGAGGGAUGGAUCAAUAUCUGAGGCGUAUAAAGCUAUGCGGGAUCAAGAACGCGAAUAUAGAUGUAAAGGAGCAUAAAUCGCAUUACCAAAGAUUACGAAAGGCAGUUUGUAUGGUGAAAGCGUUUCUUUAUAUGUUGUUAUUCGUUCGUGUUAGAUUUAGAAAGAAUAGAGUUCGUUCUUAUAACAUGAUAAUUUAAUUAAUGGAUUUAACGGAGCGAUCGUUCCUAUUUUCCAUCGAGUGAUUGAAACGAUCUUGAAAGGGAAGUUCUCGAUAUAAGCUUAUAUGUGAUUAAUGAGUGAGAGAGAGGGAGAGAAAAUACUCGAUGGAAAUUGGUGAGUUGAAAAAGGAAUAAAGGAGUUAAAAUCGUUUGGGUUAAUUGGAAAAUAUCGUAAAAAAAUUGAAAAUCGUUCCCGAUUUCAGGAUUGAAGAAUCGAUAACUUUGUGUAAAAUAUUUCCAUGACACUUACAUUUUACAUUUGUUAAUAACAAGUGAUUUUGCACGGAUCAGAUUUGUAAGGGAUCUUUUUUAAAUAAUUGUAAAAUCGAAGGCUUAGAUAGAUCUUGUACAAUGGUAGCGGUAAGGAAGGUGUACGGUGAAUUUUUCACACAUUUUCUUCAACCUUCGAAACAAAGUGGUCUCCUGUCUUUAAUUUUUUUUUUAUUAAUACACGAUUUUAUUUUUAUUUGUAAAAUUAGUAUGUUAGACAUUUUACUUUCAAUUUCACCGAAUGUUUCGGAUUGAACUUUGUUCGAUAAAAUUAUAAAAUUGAUCAAUCAAUUGUAUUCUAUUGACGAUCAUUAAUCGAAAUAAUGAAGUUAAAAAUUGUGUACAAAAUACGUAAUUUAAUCUGUGAAAAGAUUUCAAUGAAAGAAAAGAAA